UGGCCUGGGCGCCCGUGAAACAGACAGACGUGUGACUCUUCCAAUCAGCGAGCCACUUCUCUGAUGACGUAGCACCCGCCUCCCCUUUCGACCAAUCGGACGAGGGGAAGGGUCCGCGGAUUCGGGAGAGGGUAGCAACAGUUGCCCCGGUGAAGGCGAGGCGCCAUAGCCACGGUAGUCGUGGUGACAAGAACCAAGCAACUGGAGUCAACAACAACAACAAUCUCCAACACCUGAGGAAAUACAACCAAACCACAACAAAGAGUAGAGCUCGGAAACUCAGAUCACUUGUCUCCAAAGCGUUAGUUGCUAUGGCAACUUGUAGUUACUCUGAUGACCUGCAGCCUCAGCAGGUUGAUGCUGUAACCAUAGCAACACCUGCCACCACCACACCCUCAUCUGCAAAGACCACACAUUUCCUGUCUGAGGUCUUGCCAACUUCUGGAGCCAUUUCUGCCACUAUCCAGUCGGCCACCAUCUCAAAGACCAGACAGGAUGCACUUUGUUCUCAAGCUGCACCCACACAGGCCCGCAGCCAAAAGGCAGUCGUGUUGGCAACUCCCACACAGCCGUACGUGAACCGGGAAGUCCAGCACUCUGUGGUCCAGAAAAGCAACGGGCAGAGCAGCCCGUCUCAGUACAUCAUAGUAACAGUUACAGAGAGCUCCGCUCGCUCCAACGACAGUCUGUCGGACUCUAGCCAGUCGGCCCCCCAUGUUCCGCCGCAGGCUGUCCAACCUCUGCAACCGCCCCAGCAGAGGUCAGUGCUGCAGGCGGCGUCACAGCCAGCCAAGAGGAUUCAGAUGAGCAACCUGCAGUCGGUGCAUGUUAGCCAGGAGGUGGAGCAUGUGUAUUCUGGUCAGGUGCAGUAUGUGGAUGGAGCAGGAGAUUCGUCGUUCCCCGCCUCCACCAUUCGGUCCAGCAGCUACCCUUUCUCCGACCCGGUCAUCUUCCCUCAGACCAGUCCCACUUCCUCUUCCAACUUUUAUGAGACCACGCCCAGUCCAGGGUCAGACAUGAGCGGCUCUGUGACCGCACAGCCUAUUGCUGUGGCAACAGCCGGAGCCGGUGGUGGUGCUGCUGCAGGUGGAGGGGAGUAUGCGCUAUCCGUAGGCUACGUAAUAGGAGGUGAAGCAGUAGCCGGCGGAGGAAGUCAGAGUUACGGCAGCCCCAACUCUCGAGCCCCACCUGCUACUGUCCAAUGGCUGUGUGAAAACUAUGAGGGGGCCGAGGGCGUCAGUUUACCCCGCUGCACCCUCUAUUACCACUACCUGCUGCACUGCCAGGAGCAGAAGCUGGAACCCGUCAACGCUGCUUCCUUUGGGAAACUCAUCAGAUCAGUCUUUGUGGGACUGCGGACCCGGAGACUGGGGACCAGAGGAAACUCCAAGUACCACUACUAUGGCCUGAGGAUCAAAUCUGGCUCUCCUCUGCUCAGACUGAUGGACGAGCAGCAGCACAUGGCCAUGAGGCAGCAGCCGUUCUCACAGAAGAGCAGGAUCAAACCCGUUCAGAAAGCUCCAGGGAUCUCCAAUGGGAUCUCAGGUGGGCUAGGCCAGCUACCGCCAGGAGCACCUGGAGAUAUUUCCACUCAGGUGCAGCAGUACCAGCAGUUCCUAGAGACCUCCAGGUCUUUACCAGAGUUUGUGGACAUUGAUCUGCAAGGUCACACUUUGCCAGACGGGAUCCAGUUGGAGCACCUGAAGGUCUUUCAGGAUCUGUACAGAGAGCACUGCGAGGCUGUUCUGGACGUCAUGAUCAACCUGCAGUUCAACGUCGUGGAGAUGCUCUGGAAAUCCUUCUGGAGGUUUAGCGAGAGCAACAAUCCAGAAUCACCUGACCAGCCCAACGAUUCUGAGAACUGUUUGCCCAAAUCCUUGCUGGUGCUGCUCUGCAAGUUUGAGCCUGUGCUACUCUGGACCAAGCGGUGUGACAACCUGCUGUACCAGGCGCUGGUGGACGCCCUCAUCCCUGACGUGCUCAGACCUAUCCCCAGUGCCUUAACCCAGGCCAUACGCAACUUUGCCAAGAGUCUGGAGAGUUGGCUGACUGGAGCCAUGAUGAACAUCCCGGAGGAGAUGGUUCGCAUCAAGGUGGUGUGCAUCAGCUCCUUCUCCCAGACGCUGCGGCGCUACACCAGCCUGAACCACCUGGCCCAGGCUGCCCGGGCCGUCCUCCAGAACUCGGCUCAGAUCAACCAAAUGCUCUCUGACCUCAACAGAGUCGACUUCAGUAAUGUGCAGGAGCAGGCGUCCUGGGUGUGUCAGUGUGAGGACGACGUGGUGCGGCGUCUGGAGCAGGACUUCAAAGCCACGCUGCAGCAGCACAACUCUCUGGAACAGUGGGCCUCCUGGUUGGACUCCGUGGUGUCUCAGGUCCUGAAGCCCUACGAGCAGAACCCUACUGCUCUGUCCAAAGCUGCCAAAGUUUUUCUGCUGAACUGGUCAUUCUACAGCUCCAUGGUCAUCAGGGACCUGACUCUACGCAGCGCUGCUAGCUUUGGCUCCUUUCACCUGAUCCGGUUGCUGUACGACGAGUACAUGUACUUCCUGGUGGAGCACCGGGUGGCCCAGGCCAAAGGAGAGACGCCCGUCGCUGUGAUGGCAGAGUUUUCCAGCUCUACUAAGAGCCGGAGCUCCCCGGAUCUGGAUAAAGAGGAGGACGAGGAGGAGGAGGAGGAGAGCGAGGAGGAGAGCGCAGAGAUGGUGCUGCCAUCCAGCUCCCUCGGAGUGUGUGAGGAGCCGCCUCCAGCCAAGCAGGCCAGGACGAGUCUAAGUCUGCACACGCUCACCGACUCCCACAGCUCCGUGCACUAGCUGUGCACCAACACUGCGCACGUGGUGGUUCUCCUUAAAGACUGUUUCUGUUUUGCCUUCACGCUGCAAGAAUGCAGAACAUUCCCAGAAUGUUUAGUCGGGAGUUAAAUGAACUUCCUCAGGUUCUCUGGGAUUAAAGGAAAACAUCCACAGUGGAGGUCAUAAGUGUUUGAUCGUUUGCUGAUUUUGUAUGGUUGUCCUAUUAAAAACAAAUGGACAGUCUGUCAUCCUAAUGGUAGGUUCAUCUGAACAGUGAGAGAAAAUCAAGAAAUUGAAUUUAUGUACAUAAAUAUUUUCCCUUUUCCUGGAAAGACUUAUUAGCUGCACAGAGGUUUCUUGUAGUGUUUAUGAUCUUUGAUUUACUGUCAUUUUUUUAAUUGUUAACAUGGUCAACGUAAUUCCAGUAGAUUCUGAAGAAGAAAAGCGGCUCGUUGAGCCGCUUUUCUUCUUCAGAAUCUACUGGAAUUACGUUGAUUGUGUUAAAAAGCUACAGUAUGUUAAAAAUGUUGUAUUUAAGCAUCACUGACCUCUAACCUUGAAUGGUUACAGGGGGAUCAAAUACGUAUUUCCCUCAAAGAAAGGCAAAAAUAAACUUUCUAAAGUGGAUUUCGUUGCGAUUUCCCAUCUCACUGUUCAAAUGAACCUACGUUUCUAAGAAAAUUCGACUGAAAAUCGGAAUGAUUUGGUCAAAGUUAGUUACUAAUGCAGUUCAGUGUAGCCUGAAGAAUAUCUAUGACCCCCCCUCACCUGCCUUAACCACUGAGCGGACUGCAGAGGGAGGGGCGUCUCUCAUUCUGUGCCUUUCUGAGGUUUCCAGCCUAAAAUAAAAUCUGAGUUGAGUCGGUUCUGACA